UCUCCACUCCACCCCACUCCACCAACCAUCCUCCAACCCUUCGCUCCCAGCAACCGCCACCGCUUUGCCCGCUCGCCUUCCCGACCCGAUCUCCCAGCCGCUGCCGCCUUUCCGCCUUCCCGCGAUUUCCGCCUUCCCGCGAUUUCCGCCGUCCCGCGAUUUCCGCCGUCCCACGAUUUCCACCUUCCCGGACGCCCACCCCCACAACCUCGCUCGGCGCUUCACGCUUCGCGCUCGGCUCGUCCGUUCGCUCUUGAUCCAGCAGCGCACCCAUGGCCCUCCGCCAAAUCCUCCGUUCCUCCCCACUCCCCUCCCCCUCCACCUUCUCCACCCCCCUCCGCCUUCUCUCCACCGCCCACUCCCUCCUCGCCUCCACCCCCCUCGCACCCGGCUCAGUCGUCGUCCAAAGCAACGCUGACUCGCCAACGGGCCAAGCACUCAUCCAAGAGGCGAAGCAGCGCGGGCUGAAGACCAUCAACAUCAUCCCCGACCAAGCCGGCAGCGGCGAGACCAUCGAGCGGCUGAAGCGCCUGGGAGGGGACGUAGUGGUCACGGAGUCCUACUGCAAGACGUGGUUCCUCCCCCGGGUGGUUUCUGACCUCCCGAAGCCGGCGCUGGGGGUGACGGCGACUGAGGGUGCCGCGGCCACGGCUGUGGCUAAGCUGGUAGCGCCUGGGGGAACGUUGGUGGCGUAUGGAGGGGUGAAGCUGAGUGGGAAGGUUGUGUAUGGAGGGGCGGAGAGGCGGCCCGUGGCAUGGGGGGAUUACUUGAAGGGGAGGAAGCUUGCGCUCAAGAGUGUUUGAUGCGUUUAUGGGACGGGUGAGGCCUAGACUACAGGAGAUGAGCAGGUGUUACUUGGCUUGGCUAGAUUGGCUCGGCUUGGAUUGGAACCUAUGGAGCAUGGACUGGAUGUGGAACAGCAGAGGUAAAUAAUUUGAGAACGAGGACAUACGGGUUGUUGCUCCACCGGUAGUUUUUUAGUAGACUCAUGUUGCCCUAGUGAUACUCGCCACAGGGGGGGCUGUGCACGAAGCCAGUCUGAGAGUAGAAUUGUUGAGUAGAAUGAGAUACAGGGUGGUUUUCCCGAAGGGGUUGUACUCUCUAUAAGACUGCACCUAUUUA